AUGGCGCCAACAGAACAACAAGAACAGGAACGUGUUGAGCGAUCCUUACAGCGCGCUAUUGUUAAACGAGAUAAGCAUGUUAAUAAGAUGUUAAUAUUGUUCAAAUUAUCGAAGACAGUUGAGUCUGAUCCGUCAUCUUUACCUAUGUUCGAUGCGCGUAAACGGGAUUUGGAAACACUCAUGUCAGCUUUUCGCCUCGACCAGGAGGACGUUAUGGAUCAAAUGGUAGAGCUAGGGCGGAUUGACGAGUUCAUACGGGACCAUAGUGUCAUUGAAACUGUUGUCACCGAACAAUACUAUUCUAUACAAGCCGUGGCGGGUGCGAUGGCCUGUUGUAAAAUGGAUACGGUAAUUAGAUCAGGCUCUCACAUUAAUUUACCAAAAAUUGAGUUACCGCACUUUAAUGGUGACAUAAUUAACUGGCGGUCUUAUCGUGACACAUUCACAUCGCUUGUCCACGACAAUCCAGAUCUUAACAGUGUUGAGCGAUUUCACUAUUUAAUUGCUUCAGUCUCUGGAGCUGCGAGUACGGUGGUACGUUCAGUUCCUCUUACUGGUCCCAAUUAUGAAGUUGCCUGGAAUGCAUUGCAUGAUCGUUUUGACAGUACACGUCUUAUACUUCACGCGCACUUGGACAAAUUAUUCGGAUUUUCUCUCAUAAAAAAUGAAUCACUAACUGGCCUAAAUAACUUUUUAGAUGUAUUUAAAGAGAACACAGCAGCGAUCAACGCUCUAGGUGUGCAUGAUCUGUCCGGUUUCCUACUAUUCUAUAUAGCGUCGCGCGUCCUGGAUAGUUCGACGAAGCGUCUCUUCGAGGCUGAUCGGGGCACACAUGAUCUUCCCACUCUAAAUGAUUUAUUAAUAUUUAUACAAUCUCGGUGCAAAAUUCUACAAAAUAGUUCGAUGUCAGACGCCGAAAGAAAACCUGCAGCUUUCACGCGCCAAAAACCUGUAACUUCAAGAUCAUCGUUAUUGGCCGCAACCAAGGAUCACGAGCCUUACUGCUAUGCGUGCCAAGGGACACACUAUAUAUACAAAUGUGAGAAGUUUAAGGGACUAACCACAUCAUCACGAUUUCAGCUGGUAAGGUCCAAGAACAUGUGUUCAAAUUGUCUCAGUGGUUCCCAUACGGUUUCCACAUGUACGUCGAAGUAUUCGUGUCGAACCUGUUCCGGAAAACAUCAUUCGUUACUGCACUUCGAAUCGCGAAAGCGCCAGGCUGACACUAAGUCAAAUAACAAUGCACCCGCGGUUUCAUCGUCGUCGGCAGCCCCCGUUGGUAAUCUACCAAGCACCGAUGACACGUCAUUUGUUGGUACCGUUAGCAGCGGCAAUUUGAGUGUUCUGGGCACAGCUGUUAUUCGGAUGUGCAACCAACAGGGACAGUGGGUACCAGUCCGUGCAUUAAUAGAUUGUGGAUCACAAAUAUCUGCCAUAACAACAAAGUGCGCAACACGACUUGGUCUCACUCGCUGCAAUCGUACAAUCAACGUAGUCGGAUUGUCACAGAGCCCCGUAGUCCAGGCAAAAGGUGUAGUCUUGUGCAGCAUAGUACCACACAUGCGGUUAGAUCGACAGCUAACUUGUGAACCCGUUCUAUUGUCAAAGAUUACUGGGCUGAUGCCUUCGAAAGUGUUAGAUUUAUCUAUACGAACUCAUUACAUGGAUCUGGAGCUCGCAGAUCCGAAUUUCGAUCGUCCAGGGCAAAUUGAAUUCUUACUAGGCGCUGACGUGUACAACCACAUUUUCACAGACGGUUAUCAUGUACGUCAUAUACCAGGAUUGCCUUCCGCGUUCGAGACAACACUGGGCUGGAUUAUUGUUGGAGCCGCGGCAGCCUCAAGAACUUUGUCAUCGCAAGUAUCACUGUCAUUGACAACCGAACCGUCACUUAAACAAUUGCUGAACCGGUUUUGGGAAGUUGAGGAGCCUGUGGUUUUACCUAAUCCGUUUACAGAAGAACAGAAGUGCGAAGAGAUUGCUUUUCUGCGGCGGUACUCAUUUGCGAGUGUUGUAAAUGGAUAA